GCACCGCUCUCUAUAUCCCAAGAUGGGUAUGAUGUUGAGAGAGUAUUUGACUGGAAAGAAAGUAUUUGGAUGCCGUGAAUGCCGUGCGCAUCUGUCUACCGUCGAAGCCAUAAUAUCCAAGGCAUUCAAUGGUCAACAUGGGAGAGCUUAUCUAUUUGAUUUUGUCGUCAAUGUAGUGGAAGGUGAACCCGAAGAACGGUCGAUGACUACGGGAUUACAUACGGUCCGCGACAUUUAUUGUAUUAAGUGCAAUCAGACGCUCGGCUGGAAAUAUGAUAAAGCGUUCGAACAGUCUCAGAGAUACAAGGAGGGCAAGUACAUCCUGGAACGGACAUUGCUGGUUUAUGUCGAAUAGCCCGGGCAGAAGUUAUCUCGCCUGCCCGAUGCUCGACUUUCUCCGUCUAUCUACAGCCCGUUUCCAUAUCCUUCUUGUGCACAGUCAAGACAGCCCUGUCGGGCUCGGUGCUGACGGUCCUUUGGGACCACAACAAUCCGUCAAGGAACUUGUCGGCCACUAGCGGCAUUUUGGCCUUUCUGCCCCUUUCCGAGGGAUGGAGCUGUGCUAUCGCUGGUCCCAUCCAUCGAGUAUCUAUCCAGAAACCACCCGCUCAACCACAAUCUUCAACAACGCCACUUCGAGAGUACCCGUCUCAGUCUUCCUCGGGCGAUCUGUCGGGUGCCCAAUUCAGGAAGACUAUCCUAUCCGCACGAGCCACCCUCUCGGCCUUCUCGGUCAUCCAACCGUUGCUAUCCUAGACGCCUGAUCCGAGGUGUGCGUGUAGAUGGAGUAUUUAAUUUCUGUUAUGUAUCUAUCUUCAUAGGUGGUCGCUCAUAAUAAUACUCUUUCCGGUUGCGCGUCGAUUCCGGCUCCGACGAUUUGGUUCAAAUGAACUACAUCGUUUAAGCGCAAAACGCCGGAAGACGGGUUACACAGGCCCACUACAGGACUGAGCGAGCAUCGAUCUAUGAGGAGAGAAGUAUCGCUGUUGCGACAAAUUGGUGUUUUGGUACACAGUGUGCAACCAAGUUCGUGACCGAUGGUCGACCAUAUGAGAGGGUCACAAUGUCACACGUUCGAAAUUUUCGAAAUCACAGCCGGGUACGGAUUUUGGCCUGCCAACUCGUUCUCUUGCGUUCCGCCUGUUCCCAUCACUCAAUUGUGCGCCCCUCAUGCCGACGUUGGCCAGAACAUUGCCGUCGAUCACCAGGCU